AUGAUGCAGCACUAUGCUCUUAAACAUGGAAUUUUUAAAGAGUUCUUGGCGGAGUUUCUUGGGACCUUUGUGUUGGUGUUGUUUGGCUGUGGGUCUGUAGCUCAGACCGUGCUGAGCAGGAAUAUGCUGAGUGAGUCUCUUACUAUCCACCUUGGCUUCACCAUUGGACUCAUGAUGGGCAUUUACGUCUCUGGUGGGGUCUCAGGAGGUCAUUUGAACCCAGCAGUGUCCCUGGCCAUGGUUAUACUGGGUAGACUGAAGAUCUGGAAGUUUCCAAUUUAUGUCCUCGCACAGCUCCUGGGAGGGUUUGUCGGGGCUGCUGGAGUGUUUGGACUGUAUUAUGAUGCCUUCAUGGAUUUUACAGGUGGAAUACUGUCAGUAACAGGCAUCAGUGGCCUGGACACAUUUUUUUCCUCCUACCCUGGACGACAUCUCACAGUGCUUGGAGGGUUCGUGGACCAGGUGAUUGGAACAGGCUCGCUGGUGUUGUGCAUCCUAGCCAUAACUGAUGGCAAAAAUAUAGGAGCUCCAAAAGGAGUGGAGCCCCUGGCUAUUGGCCUGAUCAUCCUGGGCAUCAGUGUCUCCAUGGGGAUGAACUGUGGCUACCCAGUGAACCCUGCCAGGGACUUGGGGCCCAGGCUCUUCACGGCUGUGGCUGGCUGGGGCAUGGAGGUGUUCAGCACUGCGGAUUACUGGUGGUGGAUCCCAGUGGCCGGACCUUUGACAGGGGGCAUUACAGGAGCUGUAGUAUACUUCCUCCUGAUCGAGCUUCAUCAUUCCAACCACUCCGAGAAAGCAAGUGAGGAGUCUGAGAAAGAUGAGGAUGAAGAUGAGGAAGAAGACAGCAGCCUGAAGGACAAAUAUGAAAUGAUCACUAUGAGUUAA